AAUUCGUUGGUAAGUUAAAAUGAAAAAGAAAAAAUUACCAACUAAUGAAACCUGUAUUUUCAGGAUAUCUUCUAUAAUUUUACUUAUCAUCUGUUUCAUGUUCUCUAAGUGCUUACAAUUCCAACAUAUGUGGAGAAAAGUCCCAAUUUCUCGCUGCCAUCUGUUAAGAAUUUUCAGUUGAGUCUUGAAAAGAUUAGCACAGUGUACAGCUUUUCUGAAUAAUCGAAAUGAGCUUGACCAUGUCUCUAGUGAAUGACUGACCUAGAUCUCAUUCCCAUUUAAUCAUACCAAUAUAUUUCUCUCUAGUUUUCCAAUAAGAUGAUUAUAGUUAAUAUUUACUAUUUGGUUUAAAGCAAAACUUAAUUUAGUACACAAGAAAUUUAAAUCCUGAUUAGUCUCGAAAAAUUCAUACCUUGUUUUUAAUUUCUCUGAGUACUACGGUUCAAUGUUUACUUUUAUAAUUUGAGUUUUGCUAACAUUAAGUUUAUAGUUUGAAUACAAUUCAAAUUCCCUCAGUAUAUCUAACACUGCUGAAAUAGAUCUAUCUCGUGCACUAAGAGUGAGGAUUGACUAUCUGCAUAUAGCGAAAACCUACUUUCUUUGUCUAGCAUAGAAAUUCUCUUUACAGCUAAUGAAUUACAGAUAUAUGCUGCCAAUGGUUCAACAGAAUGAAUGUACAGUAACGGGGACAAUGGACAGCCUUGGCAUGAUACAUUUUUUAUUUAAAACCAAUCUGAAUUUGCCCCAUAUUCUAUAACUUUUGCUGAAAAGUUUGUAGAUAAACUUAUAAUACAUUUUUAAAACAGACAAGAACCACCUUGAAACGAAAUUUUGAUCUUUCCUUUUCUUUUAAUAUAGGUUAAAUUGUAGCCAUUAACAUUUCUUCAGGAAAAUCAUUUGUAUUGUGAAUAUUGUUGAACAGCUUUAAUAAUAUUAAAUAAAUUUGUAGCUCUAGAGUCUUAUAGAAGAUUGCAGAAUACCCAUCAGGACCUUAUAAGAUUUCAAAUUCUGAAUAGCUGAUUGUUCUGUUUAAAAACUCAACCCUAUCAUGCUUUAAUUUUGGUAAUGAAGUUUUUUUCAAGAUAGUCUUUGACCUACUCACUGGAAAUAUUAUUACUUGGAAGAUUAUAAAAAGAGUUAUGGUAAGAUGCAAAAUCAUUGACCAAUAUAAAUACUUAGAUGACAAUAGAUGCUAAGUAUACACACCACUACCCGUGUAUAGACAAUACAAGUGUUAUAAAACAGAACAAUACUUAUACUUUUCCAUAUACAUAUCGUAAAAUAAUACAAAAGAAAGACAACACAUAGAGUAUUCUGCGGUGACCAAUGAAUAAAUAUAAAAUAUAUGGAUACACUCACAGAUUACAGAGCCAUGCCAGGCUCUGUAUAUAACGCCCAAGGGUGCCUGAUAGGCUAUAUGGAAGGUCCUGGGUGGUUGUACCAGUUCCCACAAAGAUCAGGAAAUGCAGCAGCAGUAGUAAAAAAUAACAGAUUUAUUCAAAUAUAAAAUAAAAUCCAAUGAUAGAACAAGCUGUGUAAGUCCCUGAGUGGGCGGGACAAUGGGGUAGCGAGUCUGGUCCUCUAUCGCAGAUAUAUUGACGACUUUUUUUCAUAUGGAGGGGUACUAAGACAUCUUUGGAUUUAUUUCUGGAUGACCUUAAUAGCAACCAUAGGAACAUUGCCUAACUAGCCAGAUUAGCCAAACGUUGGUCCAAUUUCUGGAUCUAGAGAUCUACAUUCAGAAUAAUCACAUCUAUACUAGGACUUUUUUUAAACCCAUAGAAGUCAAUGGGUAUAUUGACACUAUAUUGACACUAUGAGCCUUUGACACUAUUACGAUCCGUGGUUGCGGAAUGUAUGAAAGAGCCAAUUUACUCGUAUUUUUAAAAACUGUAGUGAUACUACAGAAUAUGAAAAACAAGCAUUACGUUUAAAAAGAUUUUUUGUUGAAAAAAAGUAAGAUUGGAUCAUUUUAGAAAGCCAGAUCCAGGAAGUUAAACAACUAAAAAGAGAAUCCUUACUGGAAAAUAAAAAGAGGGAAACUACCAAUAAAACAGAGGAACAGCUUUUAAUUUUAGACUAUAAUGGCGAUCCAUUUUUCAUAAAUACUGGUAUAUUUUAAGAACGGAUGAAGGCUUAAAUAAUAUUAUCAACAAGAAACCAAAAAAUAUAUAUAGGGGCACAAAGAAUCUCCAAACCCUUUUAGUAAAAAAUCAUGUCAAAAUUAACAGUAAUAUAAAUGCUUUUAAUCAGAGGUAUGGUUUCUAUCCUUGCAAAAUGUGUACAGCAUGUAAAAGAACUAAAUUCAAAAAAGACACACAGACUAAAUUUAUUUCCAAAUCUACGAAUAAAGAGUAUUGUUACCGUAAUCAAUUGCAGAAGCCAAACACAGAGAAAUGGAGGCAGGUCUAGGAAGUAAAAAGGUUCUUUAUUCACACCGAUCGGGUCUCAGAUGAACUCCUGUUCCAAAAAUAUCUGAGAGACCCAUCACAUAAGGACAGAGCUUUUUGUUACAGUAUCUCCUCCCAUCCAUAGCUUCCACCCACACAUACCCUUAGACCAAUCCGUGAACAGGAUAUUCUGGAUCACCUUAUGUGGGCAGACCGCAUGGCUUGUUAAAAACAAAGGAAUUUACUUUCCACUUCCGUACAUGCUCUGUACACUGAUGACUCAUCCAACUGUUUGUAACCAGAUACUAAUUAACAUAUGCCAUGUGGUGAUUUCUGCCUACAAAAUUUUGACAAUGCUGGAAUCCCAUCACAGUAUAAGAUCAAUUCUAUCCUGACGUGCCACUCUACUAGUGUGAUAUACCUCCUCUGGUGCCCUUGUGGACUACAGUACGUGGGAAUGACUACGAGAGCAUUCAAAACAUGUAUACUAGAACACAUGGGCAAUAUACAGGGGGGGUACACCAAACAUAGCGUUUCUGCACAUUUUGCACAAUAUCAUGAUAGGGAUCCUUCACACAUUAGCUAUACUAUUAUUGCUCACAAAAAGAAAGACUAGAAGGGCGAGGAUAAUUUUGAAGAAUUUGGUAGCUUAUAUACAUAUACUAUAUGUCCAUAAAGCAGUCAUAAUUGCCCAUAAACACUAUGGAGUCUCUAUCUUCAAUGGGCAAAGAGACUUUAUUAUGAAGAGUAGGCUGAAUUGGCGCCUGAAUACCGGAAGUGAUGUCAGACAACGAACAGCCGAACUUCCGCCCACGUGAUCGUCAGUCCCACAAUCCAGAGCCGGACUGGCCCAGCGGGAUACCGGAAAUUUCCCAGUGGGCCGCAGCACCUGGGGCUGGGCUGACAGCCCUAUUCAUCAGUGAUCAGGCUCCUGUAAUCCCGGGCCAGCCAUGUGCGAGCAGGGAGCAGGGGGGCCAGGUGGCUGACACAGCUCACACAUGGCCGGCUGGGAUUAUAAAAUGAAAACAAAAGAAAAAAAAAAUAAUAUUGCGGCGGGGCAGAGCUUAGCACGUGGUGGGGCGGAGCUUAGUACGGGGCGGAGCUCAGCGUGCAGCAGGGGCGGAGCUUAGCGUGUGCUGGGGGCCCUGGUAACUGCAGCAUGGGAAGCAGGAAGGAGUCCCUGCUUCCCCAACAAUCAGCCUCCAGAAACUCCAAGGGAUGUGGAGGUAAGAAGUAGGUCAGUGUGUGUGUGUGUGUGUGUGUGUGUGUGUGUAUGACUGUCUGCCUGUGUGUGUGUGACUGUCUGCCUGUGUGUGACUGUCUGCGUGUGUGUGUGUAACUGUCUGCCUGUGUGUGUGUGAGUGUGUGACUGUCUGCCUGUGUUUGUGUGACUGUCUGUGUGUGUGACUGUCUGCAUGUGUGUGUAUGACUGUCUUACUGUAUGUGACUGUCUGCCUAUAUUUGUGUGUAACUGUCUGCCUGUUUGUGUGUAUGUCUGUGUGUGUGUGUGUAACUGUCUGCCUGUGUGUGUGUGUGUGACUGUCUGCCUGUGUGUGUGUGUCUGUCUGCCUGUGUGUGUGUGUGUGUGUGUGUGUGUGUGUGUGUGCGGCUGUCUCUGUGUGUGUGGAUGUCUACCUUUGUGUUUGUGGAUAUCUGCCUCUGUGUGUGUGGAUGUCUUUGUGUGUGUGCGCAUCUGCUAAUGAGUGAGUGAGCUUUUGUGUGAGUGUGUGUGUGCGCAUCUGCUAGUGAGUGAGCUUCUGUGCGUGUGUGCAUCUGCAAGUGAGGGAGCUUCUGUAUGUGUGCCCCUGCUAGUGAGUUUGUGUGUGUGCCUGCUAGUGAGUGAGCUUGUAUGUGUGUCAGUGAGCUUGUCUGUACGGAUUGUGUGUGUGUGUGUUAGUGAGCUUGUCUGUAGGGAGCAUGGGUGUGUCUGAGCCUGUCUGUGGUAAGCAUAUGUGUGCAGUGAGCUUGUCUGUAGUAAGCAUGUGUGUGAUCGUGAGCUUGUCUGUAGUGGCCAUUUGUGUGUCAGUAAGCUUGCCUGUAGUGAGCAUGUGUGUGUCAGUGAGCUUGCCUGUAGUGAAUCUAUGUGUUAGUGAGCUCUUCUGUAGGGAGCAUGUGUGUCAAUGGGCUUGUCUGUAGGGAGAGUGUGUCCGCAUUAGAGAUGUCCCGAACAGUUCGCCAGCGAAUAGUUCCUGGCGAACAUCGCAUGUUCGCGUUUGCCACGGCGGGCGAACAUAUGCGAUGUUCGGUCCGCCCCCUAUUCCAUUUCAUUGAGUAAACUUUGACAACCCCCCCACCCGCCGCUCGGGGGUGGGGUUGUCAAAGUUUACUCAAUGAUAUAGGGGGGGGGAACCUACUGUCCUCCCCCCGGCCCCCACCCCUGAGCGGUGGGUGGGGGCCCUAAAAAAAACAAUAGGGGGGAACUUCUGUCCCACCCCGGCCCCCACCCCUGAGUGGUGGGUGGGGGCCCUAAAGGUCCUCCCCCCUGGCCCCCACCCCGGCCUAAGGUCCUCCCCCCUGGCCCCCACCCCUGAGCGGCAGGUUGGGGCCCUAAAUACUAAAAAGGGGGGGGACCUAAGGUCCUCCCCCCUGGCCCCCACCCCUGAGCGGCGGGUGGGUGCCCUAAAUACUAAAAAGGGGGGGGGAAACCUAAUGUCCUCCCCCCGGCCCCCACCCCUGAGCGGUGGGUGGGGGCAAAUAAAUCACAAUGGGGGGCACCUAAGGUCCUCCCCCCUGGCCCCCACCCCUGAGCGGCGGGUGGGGGCCCUAAAUACUAAAAAGGGGGGGGACCUAAUGUCCUCCCCCCGGCCCCCACCCCUGAGCGGCGGGUGGGGGCCCUAAAUACUAAAAAGGGGGAGGACCUAAUGUCCUCCCCCCCGGCCCCCACCCCUGAGCGGCGGGUUGGGGCCCUAAAAAAAAAUGUCCCCCCCAGGUGACUAGGGGUCCCCAAACCCCUAGUCACCCCCUCCCCCCCAAAAAAAAAUUAACCCCCUACUUACCCCCCCUCACCCUAAAAAUAAUGAGGGGGGACAGUUAACUAAGUUCUUUGGAAUUUUCCCACGCUGUGUAAUUUGACUCAUAACAACACUCUGAUUAGUUACUUUCAAUCCACCAAUCAGAGUGUUGUUAUGAGUCAAAUUACACAGCGUGGGAAAAUUCCAAAGAAAAUGACACAGAGCACUCUGAUUGGUGGAUUUCAAACCAACCAAUCAGAGUGCUGUGACAGGUAAAUGUAGAGACUUACCUGUCAGUCUCUUCAUUUACCUGUCAGAGCACUCUGAUUGGAUGGCUUAAACCCACCAAUCAGAGUGCUCUGAGCCUAAUUGCAGGGUGGGGCAAGGCUUUAUAAGCCUUCCCCCGCCCUGCAGAGCUCAGUCUGCGUGGAGCCCUCACCGGGUGAAGAUGGAUUAUUAUUUUUUUGCGCUCGGUUUUUUUUUUUUUUUUUAAUUGCGUCGGUUAUUAUGGUUUUUUAUUUGGCCUUUUUUGGGGCUGAAAAAAGAAGAUUUAGAAGAAAGAAAACAUUGAAUGGUAAGUUUUAUUUUUUUUUACAGGUACUUAGUUAACAGUCCCCCCCUCAUUAUUUUUAGGGUGAGGGGGGUAGGUAGGGGGUUAAUUUUUUUUGGGGGGGGAGGGAGUGACUAGGGGUUUGGGGACCCCUAGUCACCGGGGGGGGGAAACAAUUUUUUUAGGGCCCCCACCCGCCGCUCAGGGGUGGGGGCCGGGGGGGAGGACCUUAGGUCCCCCCCCCUUUUUAGUAUUUAGGGCCCCCACCCGCCGCUCAGGGGUGGGGGCCGGGGGAGGAGGACAUUAGGUCCCCCCCUUUUUAGUAUUUAGGGCCCCCACCCGCCGCUCAGGGUGGGAGCCGGGCGGGAGGACAUUAGGUCCCCCCCUUUUAGUAUUUAGGGCCCCCACCCGCCACUCAGCUGUGGGGGCCAGGGGGGGAGGACCUUAAGUCCCCCCCCAUUGUGAUUUAUUUGCCCCCACCCACCGCUAAGGGGUGGGGGCCAGGGGGAGGACAUUAGGGGUCCCCCCCCUUUUUAGUAUUUAGGGCCCCCACCAGCCGCUCAGGGGUGGGGGCCAGGGGGGAGGACCUUAAGUCCCCCCCAUUGUGAUUUAUUUGCCCCCACCCACCGCUCAGGGGUGGGGGAUGGGGGGGGAGGACAUUAGGUCCCCCCCUUUUUAGUAUUUAGGGCCCCCACCCGCCGCUCAGGGGUGGGGGCCAGGGGGAGGACCUUAGGUCCCCCCCCAUUGUGAUUUAUUUGCCCCCACCCACUGCGCAGGGGUGGGGGCCAGGGGGGAGGACAGUAGGUCCCCCCCCUCAUUAUUUUUAUGGCCCCCACCCACCGUGCAGGGGUGGGGGCAAGGGGGGGAGGACAGUAGGUCCCCCCCCUCAUUAUCUUUAUGGCCCCCAUCCGCCGCCCAGGGGUGGGGGCCGGGGGGAGGACAGUAGGUCCACCCCCCUCAUUAUCUUUAUGGCCCCCACCCGCCGCCCAGGUGUGGGGGCCGGGGGGAGGACAGUAGGUCCUCAACCCCAUUGUAAUUUAUGGCCCCCACCCGUCACACAGGGGUGGGGGCAAUAGGUUUUUUUUUUGUUUUUUUUUACAGUGAGCAGCCCCUGUUCUGAGUAGGGGCAGAAUUUACUAAUACUAAGUAAUCUUUACUUAGUAUUAGUAAAUGUGGCUGAAAACAGGGUAAGAUCUAAGAUGUUGAUUUCUCUACGAUCCCAUACUGGAGAAAGUUUCAAAUUGUAUUCAUUCUGAUUCAGAUGAUUGACAAAAGUCAUAAAUUCGGAAUCCGACCCCUUCCAAAUAAUAAUGACGUCAUCUAUAUAUCGCCACCAUAGGACCAGGUUCUCCACCCAGUCAUGCCCCAACCAUACGCAGAGGUCCUCCCACCUGCGCAUGUAUAUGUUGGCAUAACUGGGGGCGAGCCUGGUACCCGGACAGUUUGCUGUCUCCCGGGUGCUCGGGUCCGGCAUGUUGCCGACAGAGUGGAUGGAUUAUUGGGAGGGGCUGGAGAUGACCCAGCUGUCAUGGUCCAUAUUGGUACCAAUGACAAAGUCAGAGGAAAAUGGAAGGUCCUAAAGAGUGAGUUCAGGGAACUAGGAAGUAAGCUAAAGAAAAGGACCUCCAAGGUAAAUUUUUCAGAAAUACUACCUGUGCCGCGCGCUACAGCAGAAAGGCAGCAGGAGAUUAGAGAGGUCAAUGCGUGGCUAAAGUCUUGGUGCAGGAAAGAGGGUUUUGGGGUUUUAGAGCACUGGGCCGAUUUUGCGCUUGGGUACAACCUGUAUAGUCAUGAUGGAUUGCACCUAAACGGAAGAGGGUCUGCUGUGCUGGGGGAUAGGAUGGCUAGAAGGUUGGAGGAGAUUUUAAACUAGUGGUGGGGGGGGGUCAAAGCAAUCUAGAAAAUGGAGAUAGGAUGGAAAGGAGAUGGGCUUUAGCUCAGAACAAAGGGGGUGGAGAUGGGGGGAGGGGAAAGCUCAGAACAGAGGAGGUAUGUAAUAUUGAUAAUUCACAAAAAGUACAAAAGACUCAUGAUAAUAUUAAAUGUAUGCUUACUAAUGCAAGGAGCCUAUAUAACAAAAUGGGGGAACUAGAGGCAAUAGCAUACACUAAACAAUAUGAUAUAAUGGCAUAACAGAAACAUGGUGGGAUGAGACACAUGACUGGGCAGUUAAUUUAAAUGGGUACACGUUAUUUAGGAAGGAUAGGAAAAACAAGAAGGGUGGUGGGGUAUGUUUAUACGUCAACCAUGAGUGAAAGUCAAAUCUUAGGCAUGUGGAGUGUGACGAGGAAAAGGUGGAGGCUUUACGGGUAGACAUCUGCUUGGGGCAAACAAAGGGAAAUCAAUUAUUGGUUGGGAUAUGUUAUAAACCACCUAAUGUAAAAUAUUAUUGAGGAAGAACAGCUGUUAGAGCAAAUUGAGAAAGCUGCAAAUCGAGAUAACACGUUAAUUAUUGGAGAUUUUAAUUAUCCAGACAUAAAUUGGGAAAGAGGGACUAGUACUUCAGCAAGGGGCAUCAGGUUUUUGAAUGUGCUAAAUGACACCUUUAUGUCACAACUGGUACAAGCACCAACUAGAAAGGAUGCUUGUCUGGAUCUCGUCAUAACAAACAAUGUUGAUCUUUUAACCAACAUUCAAGUAGGGAAGCAUUUCGGAAAUAGUGAUCACAAUAUGGUAAAUUUUGAAAUAAACUCAAAAAAGCAAAAGCAAGUGUGGUAUACUAAAACGUAAUUUUAACCCCUUAAGGACCAAACAUCUGGAAUAAAAGGGAAUCAUGACAUGUCACACAUGUCAUGUGUCCUUAAGGGGUUAAAAAAGCCAAUUUCAAUAAGAUUAGGGCAGCUCUACAACAUAUCGUCUGGCAUAAACUCCUUAGUGAUAAAAACACUGAGGAUAAAUGGAAACUAUUCAAACAAAUAUUAGAAAGGUACAUUUCUCAGUAUGUACCAUUGGGUAAUAAAUAUAAAAGAAACAAAUUAAAACCAAUGUGGCUUAGUAGAGAAGUAAAACAAGAGAUUAAAAAUAAGAAAAGGGCAUUUAAAGCAUUUAAAUCAGACAAAUCAAAGGCAUCCUAUUUAAGAUAUAAGGAAGCCAAUAACGCUUGCAAAAAGGCAAUUAAAGUGGCUAAACUAGAAAAUGAGAAAUUGAUAGCUAAAGAAUGCAAAACCAACCCCAAAAUUUUUUUCAAGUACAUCAAUUCUAAAAAAACAAAAAUUGAAAGUGUAGGUACACUUGAAACAGAGUUGUGUUUAUUAGCUAAUGAAGACCAGGAAAAGGCAGAAAUUUUAAAUAACUAUUUUUCUUCAGUAUAUAUUAAUGAGGAUCCUAUGGCAAGAUAUUUGCAAAUGAUUGCUGCAAAAAACUUGCAAAUAACUUGCGAAUGGAUAACUCGAGACAAGGUGCUACAGCUAUUAAAGAAAAUUAAUUUAAAUAAAGCUCCGGGGCCUGACGGUAUUCACCCACGAGUACUUAAGGAGCUAAGUGGGGAAAUAAGUGAACCUCUGUAUUUAAUUUUUCAAGAUUCUUUUGUUUCAGGUGUUGUACCGGAGGAUUGGAGGAAGGCAGAUGUUGUUCCUAUAUUUAAAAAGGGUUCAAAAUCCUUGCCUGGAAAUUAUAGACCUGUGAGCUUAACUUCUGUAACUGGGAAAAUAUUUGAAGGGCUAUUAAAUGAUAAUAUUUGGGAAUUCAUUGGGAAGAACUUUGUUAUUAGCAAUAAUCAGCAUGGUUUUAUGAAACAUAGGUCAUGUCAAACUAACCUUAUUGCAUUCUACGAAGAAGUAAGUAGAAGUAUAGAUCAGGGUGUUGCAGUGGAUGUGAUCUACUUGGAUUUUGCCAAGACAUUUGAUACGGUUCCUUUAGGGCCAAAUCCUGUCCCCUUUCAGGGAAAAUAGAGGUACUGGAUGGUGGUCGCCAUUUCAGGCAAGCGAUCCUCUGCUUCUUUGGAUGAUGCUUUGAGGCAGUGCCUCGAGGGGCUCUGAGCCCAGGCAGGUGAGCACCAGGAUUGGCAAGUGAUUGUGUGAGAGCUUUGCCCAGAGAAGUUCUGCUCCGUUGUGGUCGGAUGCUGCCCUUCAUAUCUACCUUCUGUUUAAGCAUGGAUGCCUGAGCGCGUUCUUGGAUUCUGUGACAGAAUCAUUUGAAGACUUCAUCCAGGCGCCACAUGGUAGAUUUGAUGGGGACACACUGGGGCCUUUGUUGCACGAUCAGGCCUUGCGUAGUUGGCCAGCUUGCUACCAAUGGCUCAAGGUUGAGAUAGCUUAGGCAGCCUAGUUUGGCCAGUGGGGACCGGGAUAUCCCCCAUCAGUCCGGAGGGAGGGGUAGGAGUGCAGGAGGAUCAGGCUGAGUCAGUGUGUGAGGAGAUUGGCUACCUCUCCCCAGCUCCUUCCCCAGCAGGCCUCAGCAGAGUGUCCAGUCCCCGGAAAGAUACUUUCACUUUGCACGAUCGCUGGAGAGCCCCCAAUAUAGCUAGUGCCCUCCAGAGAACACAAGGGUCACUCAAUCGGGUUAUAUCCCUAAAAUCAAGCAGGAUCUCAGGAGCUCAGGCUCAACACAUCUACUCUGCUUGAAGACUAGGGUCCGCCCCACCGUUUUUAUAACUGUUUUUUUAAGAUAGUGUUCUGAAAUAGCAGAUUUUUGCUAAACCACUACUACUUUUCAGGACACUAUAAUUUAAUUAGUUCUACCGUGGGGGUGUGGCCUGAACGCCGAUGGAGAUGGCAGCCUAAUAGAGGAGCUCCAUCCCACACAGCUAGCAUUAGAGUGCAAACCGCACGAUAUCCUACCCGAUGGGUCGCACCAGGCGGUCUGACUCCCAGCACACCACUAAAGGGACACAAGGAACACCGCUCACCGGACCGCUCGACUGGUACCUCCGCACUCCGGGUAGAAAACCGCGUGCACCACCAGGCCCCAAAAUGGCCGACGACCAGGUCCCAUCACCAUCCCGACGCGCAGGAGCCAUCACUGGCAGAUAUUCGGGCCGACAUCAGGGCCCUCACAGGGACCAUGGUUACAAAAGCAGAUCUACAGGCACUCUCUGCCACACUGCAUGAGGUAAUUCGAUCAGAAGUAGCCACAAUUCAGAGGGACCUAACGGCACAGGACGGACGCCUAAGGCACCUAGAAGCCACACACCUCACAACAACAAGCAGGCUGGAUGCCACUGAUGCUGCAGUAACCAGACAAGGCAAUAUGCUCCUGCAAUUAAGAAGACAAACCGAGUACCUGGACAACAGGGGUCGUAGGUCAAAUAUUAGAAUCCGCAAUCUACCAGAGGCAGCAGGGGAAGAAGACGUAACAGCUACCCUAACCGCUCUAUUCAGGGAUAA